AUGACAAAUCGCUCAGUUGAAUUUCUUGUUGACCUAUCAUACCGCAAAGAUCGCAACCUAAGAGAUGUUAGGUUGAUGUCAGUGAUGAUCACCCCAUGCGAAAGCGUUCCUUGCACACUUUACAAAGGAGAAAUGGCUUCCAUUGAUAUAAGCUUCAGAGCAGACGCGGACGUUUCGACUGGUCUGGCCACUGUGCGCGCAAAUUACGGUAAUUUUGCCGUUCGGUUUCCACAGUUGGAGGGGAACAUUUGUGAUUAUUUGGGAAGGUCGUGUCCAAUUUUUGCAGGUGGUGCUUACACCUACUCAUUUUCAAGUGUGCUGGACAGGCUCAUUCCAUCAGUGAGUCCAAACAAAAUCAUUACUGAACCCACCUUGGGAACUCGCGAAGUGUUUAAUCGUUUCACCGUGACCAAGAAGGCCACAAAUUCAACUUGGAAAACGCAGAAAUUUUGGCAUACAGAGGCACGGAGAGAUAAAGAGAAUUUCUGGAAGCAUGGUACUCCACGGCAAAUUCGAUCAACCGGUGCAUCGACCUGGACCCAAUUUACGCACCCCUACGUGCAAAAGACCAACAACUCAACCGGAAAACUCAAGGAGGACCGAAUAUUGGAUUCACAAACAACGAAACAAGGAACUCCUUGGAGGCAAAUCAAUAAAAGUCACAACCCAGGACUUGAAAGGACAAAGGUCAAUCUAGCAUCGACCAGAUUACGACGGCAGGGGAUGCCAAGCUCAAAGGUCACGUGGGCAUCGGCGAAUGGGGAUACAGGACAACGGAGCAACCAAUGGAAUCACCCGACCGAACAACUAAUCGCGACCAAAGGUCAUCCCCCGCUAGCAGCACGUAUAUUAACACACGCACAACACUACCCAACGCACAACCACCAACCCACCGCUACGCGCUACUACGCUCCACAAUAA